AUGUCUGAGAGGAGGAAAAUUCGUGUGUCUCUAGUACGUUACCUCACCUAUGCGAACCAAUUUGAAACCGAAGGCCUAGUCCCUACCACCUCGAUAUGGUUACCAGACCGGACCUGUCCCUCCGACAUGCACAAAAUAGUCGACGGCUACGCAGCCGCCGUAUCUAACCUAAAUGCGCACACGCACCCAGACUACCCCUACCCACCCGUCUCUUACGUGAAGAGCUUGGUGCUAUGCUGGGGCGGGAUCAACGUCCUUGCGCAGACCCCACAUCAGAUCCGAAAACAGCACGACGCAGUCAAAUCCGACUCAUUGCGCUCCAAGAUCCGAGUCUAUGCGAUUUCGGGCCAAGGCGAUUUCUCGGCCUGGCUACGGAGCGAGUUCCCCGAUGCGUUUUACAUUUCAAGUAUCCAUGCUUGGAACCAAUAUGGUCUGGCCACAUGGGCGGAGAUAUCGGGCGAAGCGCACUACGGGUUUGACGAGGGUGGGCCGGACGGGAGCAAGAUUAGCAAGGAAUGGGUCAAAGAGAAUAUCCAGAUCGGCCCGCUGGAGCGCACAUAUACGGACCCGGAAUUUGUGUUUGAGGGUGAUACGCCGACGUUUCUGGGAUGCCCGGCUUUUGGGUCGUGGGGAGGCAGGUACGGGAGGACAGACCCGAGUAAGCGCGUUAGGCACUACGGGGAUGCGGCGGAUCGCGUAGUUGGCGCCGAUGGAAGAACGUAUAAGUCGAAUCAAGCUACGGUUUGGCGGAUUAGGUGGUCCAUGAUAGGGGAGUUUGAGAAGGUCAAUCAUCAUCCGGUAGUGUUGGUCAAUGAACAUGAGGGGCUUGAGCCCCUCUGGCUCGAGGUAGAAGCUGGGAAGAGUGUGAGGUUGGAUGUGCUUAGGUGGUUCCAGUAUGAAGAGCCGAGCGUCGAGGUGUGGAGUGCGCAUAAGUUCACUGCGAAACUGGAGAUUGAAGAAGUACUUGAGCCAGAUGGCCGGGUUUUCGUGGUUCGAGUCCCGCUGGCAGAUAAAUGCUGUGUUGAGUUCAAGACGUGGAAACCUGUGACUCGUGGUCAAGUGCUGCAUAUUUUGGCUACGUACAACCGGGUCUUAAUACAGACGGUGAAUUCGAGUGUUAAAUGA